CACCGCUCGCCCUUGAGCCCUACAGCCAGACGAGGACUUUAACUAUGUAGGCACGGAGGAGAGGCUGGACAGCGGCAGGUUUAAAUGGGCAAUCUGAUGGACAGCUGGAGAUACAAGGAGCCGAGCACAGUGGAAGAAUGCGACUCGACGUGGGAAACGGAUUCGGAGAGCGACGAGCAUCAGCGGGGAGGAGAGGAGGAGGACGGCAUCUCCGAAUCCAUGAGCCCGGCGGAAUCAGGCAGAGGAGUCGAAAAGAUGGAAGAAUCACCGCAGUUUGGUGACAUACUGGAGUCCUCCACCAGGAUGAAAAGGAGUUUUUAUGCUGCAAAAGAUUUGUACAAGUAUCGCCAUUGUUACCCGAACUAUAAGGAGCCUCGUCAGCUGAACGAAUACCCCAAUCUGAGGUUCUAUCUGAAUAAGAUUCCCCUGGUGCCAGACGGUAUUUUUAUUGAAGAAAUCCUCACUAAAUGGAGGGGAGACUAUAAAAAGCUAGAGCACAAUCACACAUAUAUUCAGUGGCUCUUCCCACUCAGAGAACAAGGCCUAAAUUGUUAUGCUCAAGAACUCACUCAGGAUGAGAUAAAGGAAUUCCAAAGCACUCGAGAAGCAACACGACGCUUCCUCUUAGCAUAUACUAUCAUGUUGGAUUUCUUUGGGAUCAAACUCCUGGAUAAAAACGGGAAUGUAGCUCGGGCCCCAAACUGGCAAGAUCGCUUCCAGCACCUGAAUGAGUCACAGCACAACUACCUGCGGAUAACUCGCAUUCUGAAGAGCCUUGGCGAAUUGGGCUUUGAAAAAUUCAAGCUUCCCCUUGUGCGUCUGCUGCUGGAGGAGGCACUGGUGGAGGGCAUGUUACCCAACAUGCGUCACAGCGCUCUGGAGUACUUUGUCUACACGCUACGCCAGCACGCUCAGAGACGCACACUGCUCCGCUUCGCCCAGCGCCACUACCAGCCACCUGAGAACUUCAUCUGGGGGCCACCCAAGAAGAAACAGAUUCCAGGGGCUUCUGGAUCCAUAGGGACAAAGGCAGGAAUGUCUGAGGCAGUGGAGAGGAGAUCAGGCAAAGCCAGGUCACCAAAGGAGGGCAGAAAUCUUAUUAACUCAGAGAGAGGGGUGGAUGACACUGGACGAAAAGAAGAGAGGAGAGUGGAAAACAGCAAAAAGCUCCAAGGUCCUGCGAGAGAGCAGGGGAAGGAUCGAUGUGGAGGAGUACAUUGAGACCAUUCCUCUGUAAGAACAUGGAGUUUCUCAGAUUAUCUUAAAAUUAGAUUAAAGGAAUAGUUGAAAUAGUGGAACACAAAAGCAGAUGUAAAGCAGAAUCUUUUCUCCAUGCAAUGAAAGUGAAUGGUGACUGAGGCUGUUAGACAUUUUGCUUAAUCUCUUUUGUGUUCCACAGUAGAAACAAAGUCAUACAGGUUUGGAAUGAUAUGAGGGUGAGUAAAUGACAAAAACAUUUUCUUUUGUAGGAACUAUCCCUUUAAUGUUAGUUAAGGGAAUUGGCUCAGCAAUGUUAUUCCAUGUCUUUGCCUUUCAAAAAAUGUUCUAUGUGAACAACUUGACUGUUUUGCUUUUUUAAAUAUGAGAUGUUUUUUUAUUUCUUACCUCUGAAUACUUUUCAAAAUGUUAAUUGAUGAAUUUCUCUACUAUAGUUGUAAUUUGUUCAAGUUUGCAGCCCUCUGGUGAAUUCUAGCACAUGUGCAAGCGUGAGUAUAUACUGUAGAAGUGCUACCUGAAAUGAUAACGUGCGUGUGUGUUUGUGUGAAUUAUUGCACUUUUGACUAUCCAGUCUUCCUCUGUGAGAAAAUAUUAUCCUAGUCCACUACAAGGCUUUAUUUAUUAAUCCAAAGUCGAAAUAUGAAUAUCUCCAACAGAUGUGUCUUCUUUAUAUGUGUUUGGAGCUUGCGGACGUUUCUUAUAACAGUCACUUGUAGCUCCUUGUAACUGAUCAUUAUGAUAUAUAGAUAUAUAUAGUAAGUGUAAAUAUACUUGCAGGAAUUUUUUAGGUAUGUUUGUGUGAAAUAGCCAAUUCUAUAAUCCAGUACUCUUGAAUACGUCUUGCAAUAUAAAGUGCCUCUUCUUUCAUUUGUUUCAGCAUGUACGUGUGUAUGCUGUCUUUCUCUAAUCAAACUUAUUAAUAAUGUUUUAGUGAGGACAAUCAGGGCUAUCGAUAAUUACUGUCCACCUAGAAUAUACAUGAGGGUUUUUUUUUAGCAGAUAUGCUUGUAUGUUAACCACAGAUAUGCUUCGAUAAUUGGGGUUUGUGACUGUACCCAGAGGGCUAGCCAACACAUCCAUAGUAUAAGUGUGUGUGAGUGUGAGAAUGUUAUCGGCCACAUACACACUGCAAAAUGUUGAGAAUGACAAGCCCUAUUAAGUGCAGUGAGUCCCCCUAAAUUAUCAUUCUGCAUGUGUAUGGAAUUGGAAUACAGGAGUAACUCCUGAAAUUGUGAUGGUUGACAUAGUGAUAACUAUAUUAACAUUUACACUUUGGUUAACAAAUUCAGUUUGGUCCUGUACAUACACACACUUGAGACUGUUGAAUUCUCUUCCAUUUGUACGCUCAAGCUAGAAAGACCACAUCUGAAUAUUUCAGUGACCACAUUUUAGACAUUUACUUUCUUAAAAUUAAGUGUUGGAUAGGAGGAUAGCUGAAAUGUUAUGCCUUUAUUGUAUUGAUUUUAAAUAUAGUUAGUUCAUUGGUUGGUCUCAUGGGAAUACAAGUUGUACCUUUUCUUACAAUAUCUUGCAAUUUUGGCAUCUAUAAAUGAGAUUUAGCAGCAGAUUUUGCAACAGAUAGUCCGUGCCUUUUUAAUUUCAAUGGGGAAAUCCUGCAACUGUAAGAUACAUUUUUUGAAAGUCUUUUAAUCCCUUUCUUCCUUCAAGUCCCUUUAUCCCUCUGUCUUUUCUCUGGUCUGUGAGGACAACAGUGACUUCUGCAGUUGUGCCAUAACCAGGCUUCCCACACACAUCUUGAAUUUUCUUGAGUCUCUUUCCCUCGGUCAAUAUUUGGGGUGAGCACACAUAUCAGUUUGCUGUCUAAUCCAAUUUGUAGCAUGGGCUUCAUUAAAAACCUGUCUCUCGGAUUGUGUGAGUGAAUGUGUGAGAUUGCUUAAGACGAAGGACCUCAUGGUUCACAAAAGUAGGUUCAAUGGCUUCCAAAAAUGAACAGAGAGUGACUUCUGUCCUGCUGGGAAACAAAUAGCCAUGGUCCCUUUUACUCUCUUAGCAACCUGUGGAUCUAAAAGACUGUUGAAUUCUCUUCCAUUUGUACGCUCAAGCUAGAAAAACCACAUUUGAAUAUUUCAGUGUUUCUUGUGCCAUAAUUUUGUGGUAACGGAUAAACUAGUCUAAUGUAAGACACAGUGUCUUUUUUCCAUAUAUAUAUAUAUAUGUUAUAUAACUUAAUUGACAACUGAUGAUUUGUAUAAGUAAAUCUGACUUAUUUGGAAGUUUACUUUACAUUGUGGCCUACAAUAUAAUAAAAUGCAGCUCUUUGAAGA